GUUGCGGUUGGCAACAUUGCAUCAGUGUCAGACGCAACACGUCGUGUAUUUCUCCAUUCUGAGAAACUGCCCUUCAUUUUGUAUUUUUUGUGUAUUUUGUCGGCAAUUUUAUGAGAUUAAUCAUAAAAAAUGGCGAAAUUGGUCGAUAUAUAUAAUAGCGAAAAGGAACCCGUAAUAAAAAGGAGGCAACUCCCUUUAACUAUCUACGAAAAUCUUACCAUGAUAAUGGAUUUAAACACAAUGGGUUUAAUUUGUGACAAUUCGCAAGUAAAAGGUCGCGAGUAUGAGGAGUUCAUGCGGAAGUACCGUAUCCUCACGACUGACGAGCUCAAAUCUGCGCUUCGAGUGGACGCUUCCGAUAUUUUUAAUGUAUUAAAUCAAAGCAUUCCUUGUGUUGGCUGUAGAAGAAGUGUGGAACGCCUGUUUUAUCAGUUGUGUAAGUCAGGACACCCUACAUUGGACCCACUAGUUCUAACCCCAGAUGAAAUAAUGACCAUAAGAGAAGAGAAAAUAGUACAUCCACAGUCAUUAGCCACUUUAUUAAAUGGUCACAGCUCCGGAAUAGAAUGUCUCAUCUUAAACCAGCCGAGGUGGAAGAAAUCCCAGAGGUGUACAUUGCAUUCCUUAGAGGCGGGCACCGCGCGCGGCUGGGGAGGCUCUGGCGUGCCCGGCACCGCCGGUAACGCGGGCACGUGCGGAUGGGGCUGGGUAGCCUGGGGCUGGGGAGGGCGCGCGGCGUGGCGCACCGCGUGGGACGCCAUGCGAGCCUCCGCGCGGGAACACGUGACCCUGGUUCACUUCAACACUCUACACGAUACGCUCACCAACUACCUUAGGAAACAUAGAUUCUGUACAGACUGCAAAACCAAGGUGUUACGAGCAUACCACUUGUUAGUCGACGAAAAGGAACCACAGAAAGAGAAAGGCUACGUUGGGGCGUUGUACAGUGGCAUCAAAAGGUGCCUCCUGGACAAACACUUACACUUGCAAGCAAAGACGGACUACAUCGCACAUCUAAUAGCUAGGGCUGAGCCUGAACUACUGGGGAACCACCGCGAGAGACACGCAAAAACAUUAGAAAUCGCACAGGAAGAGGUGUUGAUAUGUCUCGGCAUUUGCAUUUACGAGCGCCUCCAAAGAAUUUCGCUCCGUCUCCGCGAAGAAGAAGGCACGUGUCAGACUCUCGCGGCGGUCGCAGUGGAGGCGCUGUAUCGCAAGUUCGAGACGACGGUGGAGCACAAGAGCGGCGUGUCCAAACUCCAGCUGCUGUACGAUGAGAUCACACAGGAGGAGCUCACCAGGCAGCAGAGGAAAGAACAGAAAAAGUUGAAACGACGUAAGAAGAAGGAGAGGCAGGCUGUUGAAAGCAAGUGCAAGGAAGCAGACUCAGAAGAGCCCGAGGAGAAGUGCCAAUGUGAUGAAUGUCUAUUAGAAGAGAGAGAUACACCCACAGAGCUUCUAUCACCGCGAGACUACAACCAGUGUUACGAGGCGAGCGGCGACGCUUGCCCAUCCUGCCAGGACGACACCAGCAAACGGUCUCCAAAGAAGAACGGCAAGAAACGUGGCAAAAAUGGCAAUCUUUCACCAAGCGAGGCAUCUCAAGACUGCGGAUACUCAUCAGGGAAUAACGGUGGCUGCUGUGAAACAAUGUCCGGAUCAUCUUCCCUUAUGAGCACCCCGGAAGGCUCGGAGGUUGCGUGUUCCGAAGGCUACUGCAACCAUGAACGAGGAGACUGCGUAGAUUUGGCCAAAAAUGACAAAACACAGUGUGGAGGGUUUACAUUGUCCUUACAGCAAAUGUUGAUGGAUACAUGUACGUCAGACGAAGAAGAGGACGCCAGUUAUAUUCCUAUAGAAGACGUACUGGAGUUCAAAUCGCGUAGAAACAUAACGGAGAAAAGACAAGAGCUGAGACAGAACCUGCGACAGAAGUUUGCUCAACUCUGUGUCAGCACUCCGAAACUCGCACCCAAGGGCAAGCACGCCGCUUAGCUCUGAUGCCAGCCCUCACACUCCAUAAUAUAAUCGGUCAUUUGUAUCAGAAUGGCACAAAUUAUAACCGCUUCAUGGUCUGUAGGUGUCUCGUAAUAUGUGUCAAUAUCCACAAAAAUCUGUACUAAGUCGAAACCUUCUAUGUAACAGGCUGUUAUUUACAGUAGAUUAUAUGCUAGCUACUCAAUAGAAUCAAUUUAAGUAUUCAUUAUAAAACCUCCAAAAACUCGAGAUGAAAUCAACUUCUCAUUGACAUUAUAUAAGGUACAUUCAAAUUAAUAACAAAUAUUUUAAGGAUCACAAGUACAGUCAAGAUUACUGUUACCGAACUUUUUUCAGGAAAACGAUUUCGACAUGCCAUGCAACUUAAUAUGUUGACAGAAUCUAAAAUAAAUAUAAUAAUACCAAAUUUUAUGAGAAAAUAUAUAAUUAUAUUGUUGCAAAAAGUCAAUGGUCUGGGAAAGUAUCCUUCGAAAUGUUAUGUGAACUUGUAAGGGCUUUUAUUAUUUUUUAGAUUGAAUCCAAAUCAUUUCAACUUAUUGCAUGAUUAAUACUAUUUUUUAUAUUUACUUUUAUUAAAAUUAUUUGAUCAUUUUUAAUCAUGUGUAUUCUUAAAAGCAUCCACAUCAAUCUGAAAUUUUCAAAAGUGUAUAUUAAAAUAACAACAGUUGUUUCAGAGCCCAUGGGUGGGAUUGUCCCAUAGAGGAUUUCAGUAUAACCUGAAUUCUGUCAGUCCCAUACCUACAUAAAAAUGCAAAUUAUUCUCGAAAAUAAUGUAGCAUAUUUGAGAUUCUGCCCACUCAUGGUUGGCUGCAACUGUGAAAACAGUAUGGGUGCUUAUAGUUAAUUCAGAUAUUUGUAGACGAUAUUAUAGCUUCAGGUUAGUGGUGAUAUGAAGUUCUAUUUCGUUAAAUCAUGUUAAUGACCUGCAACAAUAAUUUUAAGGCAUAAUAAAAUCAAGUGCAAGUUAUAAUUAUUCCAAAUAUUGAAAAGAUUGGACUGGAUAAACACCAGCAUUUAAAAUAUUUACUAUUUAAAUUGUUAGAAAGCUUAGUGAUGAAAUAUGUAAGGUAGCAUUUGAUCAAAUUAUUUUAUUUUCAUUGCUUUAUGUGACUCAAUAUUAAGUAAUUAAUGAUGAAUUAUUGCUCGUUCGUUAUAAAGCUUCAAAAUGCGUGAGGGGAGUUACCUUGGCUAGUUUGCCAUUGUUAUUGAAGUCAAAAACAUUUGUAACUCAGUUUUAAAAUAUAUUAUAAUACAGUGA